GGACAAAGAUUUUGGUACUAGAUUACUACAUGGUUAUGGUAUUAUAAAUGCACACGGACUGAGAUCUUUAUGGUUCAGAAGCUCAGAAGGAAAGUGUUGAGUUCAGAGGCACAGAAUCAUUGAGAGGAAUCUGGAAGUGAAAUAUUAUGGAAGACGGCAUGUCAGGCUUUUGUAUUAGAGGUGCAAGUGUUGGUGGUAACAGCACUGGCACAAAGUGUGGGCGUUGGAAUCCCACCACUGAACAAGUUAAGGUUCUCACUGAACUGUUCAGUUCUGGGCUCCGAACACCAAGCACUGAUCAGAUUCAGAAGAUCUCUAAUCAGCUUAGUUUUUAUGGUAAGAUUGAGAGCAAGAAUGUGUUCUAUUGGUUUCAAAACCAUAAGGCUAGGGAGAGACAGAAACGUCGCAAGGUUGAUAAGGGUGUGAUUCGUAGAGAAAACUCUAUCCCCAAGAAUUCUUUUGCACAAACAGAUUAUGCUCAGGUGUAUGAGGUUUCUGAGCCCGAGAGGGUGAUCGAGACUCUUCAACUCUUUCCCUUGAAUUCCUUUGGUGAAUCAGAAUCAAAGAAUAUGAGGGUGCAUGCAAGUGAAUGCAGGGAUAAUACGAUGUUUUCAUACACAGUGGGGGAACAAAUGGAUCACCCACCAUUAGAUCUUCGCUUGAGUAGUUUUAUGUGAAAAUGGGAAUCUUUUUGGGGUGGUGGUUGGAGAAGGGGAUGUUAUGUUUGUUUCAAUAAAUACAUUCUUGUUAGGUUUAGCAUAAAGAAAAUGUAUCUUAAUAUUGGUAAUAUUUACCUAGUGAGUUUUAGUUCCUUCUUAAAUAUUGGAAAUGAUUGGACAUUCUUCUCUGCAUGCUCG